UCACUCACCCCCCGUUGCAUUCCCUCAUUCGCUGAUGAGCGUCCUACCGUCGGGGAAGGUUUCAUCUCAAUAAAAAAAAAAUCUCUGAUAUCAGUGACGCUUCGGUACGGUGAUAACACAGUGAGCAUUACGAGCAAUGGUACAAUGAACAAAAUUUUGUGCCUCGGAUACAUUUUAACAGUCAUCGCUGUACCAAUAACCUCAUAUGACUAUGAAUGCAACCAACCACUGCUCCAGAAAGCCCAGCUGAAGGCGACCUCCCACAUGCCUGGUAGAGAACCAAAAGAUGCUCAACUGAAUGGGUAUAGUGCUUGGACACCAGAAGACAAUUCUUACAAUCAGCAUCUUACUGUGAACUUGGGGGAGAGAUGUGAGAUAAGGAGUAUUGCGACACGUGGACGUGCAAAGACGAAUGAAUUCGUUACUGAAUAUAUUGUGGAGUACUCUGACGAUGGCAAUGCCUGGACUAGUUAUGAGAGUCAGGACGGCGUUGAAGAGAUGUUCAAAGGAAACACAGACGCCGAAUCGAUAAAGCUGAACAAAUUCGAAGUGCCUAUUAUAGCCCAAUGGAUCCGAAUAAAUCCGACACGGUGGCAGGACAGGAUAUCAAUGCGUCUGGAGCUUUAUGGCUGUGAAUACAAUGCCGAUGUAAUAUCGUUUCAUGGCACCUCCCUCGUGCGACUGGACCUCCUGCGUGAGCCGAUUGAAACCGAUCGACACUCAAUACGUUUUCGUUUUAAGACGAACAAUGCCGAUGGUGUACUCCUGUACUCUCGUGGUAGCCAGGGGGAUUUCAUAGCAGUACAAUUACGUGACAAUAGAAUGCUAUUGAACAUCGAUCUAGGAUCUGGAAUAACAACAAGCCUCUCCGUUGGGAGUCUUCUCGACGAUAACAUGUGGCACGACGUACUUAUUUCUAGAAAUAGAAAAAAUAUAGCAUUCUCGGUGGAUAGGGUCAUUGUGAAGGGCCGGAUAAAAGGGGAAUUUCAUCGAUUGGAUCUCAAUAGAGAGCUCUUCGUUGGUGGUGUACCUAAUGUACAAGAGGGACUCGUUGUCACUCAGAAUUUCUCGGGAUGCAUUGAGAAUCUCCACUUGAAUAAAACUAAUUUAUUCAGGGAAUUGAAGGAUGCUGAGGCGACCGGGGAGAAUCUGAGGUACCACAGGAUCAAUACUAUUUACAGCUGUCCUCAGCCACAAAUUAUUCCUGUGACAUUUUUAAAACCAAGAACGUACGUCAGAAUUAAGGGAUAUGAGAGCGCUCUUUCCCUGAAUGUAUCGCUGGCUUUUCGAACUUAUGAGGCCCGGGGAAUGCUUCUCUUUCAUCAGUUCACGACUCCAGGGUAUGUGAAAAUGUUCUUGGAAGACGGGAAAAUUAAGAUUCAGAUCGAGACAAAGGGAAGUCCCACUGCUAUUCUAGAUAAUUUCGAAGAGAGAUUCGAUGAUGGCAAGUGGCAUCAGGUUAUUCUCACGGUUGGCAAGAAUAGCAUUGUUUUGAAUGUCGAUGGCAGACCCAUGAGGACCAAGAGAGUACUGGAGAUGAGCACUGGAGCCAUUUAUUUGAUUGGCGGGGGAAUUUCGGGAAUGGGGUCAAAUGUGGGAUUUGUGGGGUGCAUGAGACAGAUUAGUAUUGAUGGGAAUAUCAAGGCCCCCAGUGAUUGGCAGGGUGAUGAUUUUUGCUGCAAAAAUGAAAUUGUCUUUGACGCCUGCCAAAUGCUCGAUCGCUGCAAUCCUAAUCCUUGUAAACAUGGGGGAAUCUGCAGGCAGAACUCCGAUGAGUUUUUCUGUGACUGCAGUAGCACGGGGUAUGCUGGAGCUGUUUGCCAUACAUCUCUUCAUCCCCUCUCCUGUGAGGCCCACAAAAACAAAAAUGCCGUUCAUCAACGAGCUGAGAUCAAAAUAGACGUUGAUGGCAGCGGUCCCUUGGAUCCAUUCCCAGUCACCUGUGAAUUUUAUCCAGACGGACGGGUAAUGACGGUCAUUCGACAUAGCAACGAAUUGCCCACACCAGUGGAUGGCUUCCAGGAGCCUGGUAGCUUCGUCCAAGAUAUCAAUUAUGACGCUGAUCUCGAUCAAAUUCAGGCUGUACUCAACAGAUCCUCUAAUUGCAGACAGAGGAUCAAUUACUCCUGCAAGCAUUCCAAGCUUUUUAAUAGUCCAGUGCCUCAGACGGCCGAAUUUGAGCCAAAUUCCUGGUGGGUUAGUAGAAACAACCAAAAAAUGGAUUACUGGGGCGGUGCACUACCAGGAUCACGAAAAUGUGAAUGCGGAGUUCUAGGAAAUUGUGCUGAUCCCACAAAAUGGUGUAAUUGUGAUUCUGGAUUAGAGGGUUGGCUCGAGGAUGGUGGUGAUAUCACGGAAAAGGAGUACCUGCCUGUACGACAAUUACGACUUGGUGAUACUGGUACACCAUUGGACGAGAAAGAGGGUCAAUACACUCUUGGCCCCCUUAUUUGCGAGGGAGAUCAUUUAUUCAAAAAUGUGGUGACGUUCCGCAUAGCCGACGCAACGAUUAAUCUUCCUACAUUCGAUAUGGGGCACAGUGGAGACAUUUACUUUGAAUUUAAAACAACGACAUCCGAUGCCGUAAUAAUUCACAGUACUGGUCCAACGGACUAUAUUAAAAUAUCGAUCACCAAUGGUAAUCAGAUACAAUUCCAAUAUCAAGCGGGCGAUGGUCCAAUGACUGUUAGUGUGCAGACGUCUGCUAUGUUAGCAGACGACAAUUGGCAUUCAGUGUCUGUAGAGAGGAAUCGAAAAGAAGCGAGAAUUGUCUUGGAUGGUGCAUUGAGAAAUGAAAUAAGGGAGCCAGCUGGACCAGUUCGAGCUCUUCAUCUUACGUCGGACCUAGUUGUUGGUGCUUCUACGAAAUUCAGGGAGGGCUUUGUUGGUUGCAUUAGGGCAUUACUGCUGAAUGGAAAACUACAGGACUUGACAAAGUAUGGGAGGGUGCCAAUUUAUGGAGUCAGUGAGGGUUGUAUUGGGAGGUGUGAGAGCAAUCCUUGUCUCAAUAAUGGCACUUGCUAUGAGAGAUAUGAUGGCUACAGUUGUGACUGCAGAUGGACUUCCUUUAAGGGACCUAUUUGUGCUGAUGAAAUCGGAGUGAACGUACGCCCCGACUCAAUGAUAAAGUACGACUUCACGGGCACCUGGCGUUCCACAAUAUCUGAAAAAAUUCGAAUAGGUUUCACAACAACGAAUCCCCAGGGUUUCCUAUUGGGUCUCUUCUCAAACAUCUCCGGGGAAUACAUGACAAUAAUGAUCGCUCGCAGUGGAUACCUCCGAGUCGUCUUCGAUUUUGGGUUUGAACGACAAGAGGUGCUCUUCCCAUCGAAAAACUUCGGCUUGGGACAGUACCAUGACCUCCGCGUCACCAGGAAAAAUAAUGGAGCAACAAUGGUCCUCCAGGUUGACAAUUACGAGCCCAAGGAGUUUGAUUUCGAUAUAAAAGCCUCUGCAGAUGCUCAAUUCAAUAAUAUUCAGUAUAUGUACAUCGGGAGAAACGAAUCCAUGCCUGAAGGCUUUGGGGGGUGCAUCUCGAGGGUUGAGUUCGAUGAUAUUUACCCCUUGAAACUGCUUUUCCAGCAGGAUAGACCCUCCAACAUCAGAUCCAUUGGGGGACAGGUGAUGGAAGAUUUUUGCGGUGUCGAACCCAUCACUCAUCCCCCAAAUGUCAUGGAAACUCGACCUCCCCCUGUGGUCGAUGAAGAGAAAGUUCGUGCUGCUUACAAUGAGACUGACACUGCUAUACUUGGGAGUGUGCUAUCAGUGAUCAUCAUUGCGCUGAUCAUCAUGGCUGUUUUGAUAGGGAGAUACAUGGCUAGGCAUAAGGGAGAGUACUUGACGCAGGAGGACAAAGGAGCUGAGAUGGCACUUGAUCCGGAUUCUGCUGUUGUUCAUUCGGCGACUGGACAUCAGGUACAAAAAAAGAAAGAGUGGUUUAUCUGAAAAGGGACUACUGGGAUUGUCAAAAGUUUACUACUCUAGAGAAUCAUGAGUUGGAAUAUUUCAUUCUUCGAUGAGGUGAUUAUUCCAAUUGAGGGACGAGAGAAUUUGUUUUGGCUUUCUUUUGCAUUUUCCCAAAAAAAUAAGACUUAUUAUUUUAGACAGUAAGAGGUUCUGAUAAUUCAUUCAUGAGAUUUUCGCCAAUUAUUCUUUAGCAUUUUUUAAAAGUAACACAGAGGUAAAUAUAGCUUCUGUAUCGGUGACUCAUUUUUAGAGACGACCUUAGGAAAUUAGGUUGAGUGUAAAGACAUUUAUUUUUGUUUUUCUUUUGCAUUUUUUAAAAAUAUAAUACUCAAACAGAGAAGUGAAUACACUCUGUGAAUCGGUGACUAAUUAGAACCAAAGUUUGAUCAUUAACGUAAUAUCAUAACGUAAUAACUGUAUUACUUGAUCUUUAAACUCAUUCAUUGGAGGUGAAACAUGAAUUUUUCAUUCUCACAUCUUCUAAGCAUUGAAACGUCGGACGAUAUUUUUCAUUAGAGCAAAUUCUUCGAAUGACUGAAUUAAUGAAACAAUACAAAAAGCAAUUUACUAUGAUUUAUCACGCCACUGAUAGAACUUUUCAAGGAUCUUAUUUAUAUUCUUGUCAUUUUACAACUUUUACGUUUGAUUUUUUCAUUUGUGUUUUACAAGAUUCGUGUGAGUAGAAUUAGAAAAAGACAAAAUUUACUCCAAAUGCAUGAAUUUGUUAUUCUUAAGAGAAAAAUGUCGAAAUGCCAUAGAAAUUACUUAAACGGCAAUAGUGGAAUGUUGCGCUCAAGAGUAACACAGUAAUUUCAAUUUAUUAUUUUAUACCCUCAAGGAGUGCUAGACUGCUAUUUUUAAUUCUUAUUCAUGUUAUUUUUCUUUUAUCCCAGUAAUGUAAUUUUUUUACCGUCCAACAACAUUUUUUUAAUUUUUCAUCUAGAUUUAUUUUAUUUUCUAAGUCAUACAUUUUCUUUAUUCUUUUAUUUUAUCAUGUAAACUUCCCACUCCGAUAUCACUCAGCAAUAAGGAAUAAUGAAUUUGUCAGGUGAAGCUUGCAAUGAAGAUAAAUAUGCAAAUGAAUUGUAUAUAAACAGUAUUUAUAAUUAAAAAAUGACAAAAAUCAGUAAUUUUGUACUGCUAGAUAUUUUCCACGUUUCCCGAUCAUUGGGAACUUUAGAUUGGAAGAUAAUAAAGAGAAUAAGAAUAAAGUGUACAGAGCUGUGAUGAAAAUAAUCCAUUGUAUUAUUCUUUUUGUAAUAUGGAAUCAACUACUCAUCAUAAAAAAACUCCCAUUCAUUAUAAAAAGGAACAAUAUUUUCUUAUUGAUUAAUAUGCUUUGCGAUUGAACUGGAAUAUCAGUUCUAAUAACUAAUUAUCAUAGCUUCGAGCUCGUAUAGUAACUCCUCAGAUGAUUUCUACAUCCUUGUAUAGUUAUGAUUCAAACAAAUCCACAAAUGGGAAGAAAGAAAAAGAUUUAUUGGGAAACAAAAAGAGCGUAUUCCAGUAUUCCUAUGGAAAUGAUUUCCAUAGCUCUAAAUUUCUAACUAAAAAAAAAUCCAUGAAAGAAAAAACAUCAAAAUUUUACUCGCUUUUUUCAUUGACAAAUAUUGAUCAAGCAUUAAACUUAAAAAAAAAAGAAUAAUCGCUUCCCUUUAUUUCCAAAAAACAUCUUAAACACUCCACUAAGAGAUCCUGUAAACCUUCCGGGAAAUGAUGUUCCAUUAGUACAAAACAUGCAUCAUAUAAAAUUCGGACAUCUCUCCCAAUUUCUUCCGAAUCGUCACCACAUACUCAUAGAAAAAAAACUUGCGGAAACAGUAUAAAAAAUCCUAAGGGGAUGCGAAGUACAAAAGAAGAAAAAUGGCACCUGAGUAGUAGUCAUUUGAUAAAAAAAAAAAAGAA